AAAGUUAUGAGAGCGGUCGGCCAUUUUAAUUCUCCAUUCUCUAUUCUUGCCGUCAUAUGGCGUAUAAGUGUGUUCGUUAAGCCGCCAUAUUAAAUGAAAUCAAUAAAAUAAGGCAAAAUGUCGCCUUACUAAAAUAAUCCAUUAACAUCUAGUUUUUGUGUAAUUAAAACAUCAAGAGGAUCACAAUGGAGAGUUCCUACGGUGUGGGGAUAGUGAAUAGAUACGCUCUUUUCUUGGACGACGAGUCCGAUCCUCUUGAUGCGAUAAAAGCUCGCGAGCAAGCAAAAGAGCUCAAAAAAAAGGCCAAAGAUGCGGAAAAGGAGAAUAAGGGUAAACCCGAGGUCAAACCUAAAAGCGGCACUGUCGUCGUAAGGAAGGGAAUCAAGGAAACUCAAAAUGUGAAGACCCAGGAAACUAAAAGUGGCGAUCAACAAAAGAACAAAGGUCCGCCGCGGACGACCGAGCGCAAUGCGGAAAGACCUCCGCGUCGCCGCGAGGAGCGCCCACAGAAUGGAGCGGUCGUCGAAGGCAAGGAAGGAGCCAGGCCCCCCCGCCGCGAGUUUGGUGACCGAAGGCCUAACUUUGAACGACGCAACUUUACCGAGAAUCCGGAAGGAGGUGAGCGCAGAGGCCCCAGGCCGCCGCGCGAGCCACGUGACGGUCAGCGCGGCCCCAGGCCGGGCUUCGACGGCCGAGGAAAGAGGGAGUUCGACAGGAGGUCGGGCUCUGACAAAACGGGUGUGAAACCCGUCGACAAACGCGAAGGGGCCGGUCCCCACAACUGGGGAACGAUUAAAGACGAUUUGGACGAGCUGAACAAAACUGGAUCCGAGGGAGAAGCGCCUGAAGCCGAGAAGCCCGCGGACGUCGCGGCGGCCGGCGACGGCCCGCAGCCCGAGCCCGAGCGCGCGCCGCCGGCCGAGGAGGAGGUGCGGGAGCUCACGCUGGACGAGUACAAGGCUCUGCGCAACGCCCAGCGCACGGCGCCGCAGUACAACCUGCGCAAGGCCGGCGAGGGCGAGGACCUGAGCCAGUGGAAGAACCUCGUGCUCAUGGAGAAGAAGAAGGAGGGUGAGCACGACUCUGACGAAGACGACGAGUACGACAUCGCCGACUACCCGCAGCGCGUGGGCCGACAGAAGCGUGUGCUAGGCAUCGAGUACACGUUCAACGACAACGCGCGGCGCGGCGGCACGGGCGGUCGCGGGCGUGGGGGUCGCGGCCGUGGGCGCGGCGCCCGCGGCGUUCCGCGUGAGCCUGAGGCGGUGCCCGAGGAGCGGCCGGCGCCGCGCAGCCAGGUCGCUCCGCCCAAGGUGGACGACAGCAAGGAUUUCCCCUCUCUCGGUUAGACUCAGCGAGUCGCUGUUCUUCUCCCCUUUCGAAAGUACGAUAGAGAUACAGAUUUAAAUUGUAUGUACUGUUAUUUUUGAAGUAAAUAUACAAAAUAUUUACAAAGAUGUGUAUUAUAUUGCAUUCGGUUCAGUCACUGUCUCAACGUUCUUAGUCAAAACCUGCUGGUGAAGUGCAGAUUAUAAAUUUUCAUCAGGGAAAUGACGCAGGUGAGCCUUGAGUUAGGCUUGGUGUAAGGGAGGGGAAGGACUAUCAGUUUAUUUUGCGUACACAUAGCAACAGUAAUGCAUAUAUGAAUCUAUCAUAACAGUAGCUUUUAUUGUAAUCACAUUGCCUUACAUUUUAUUUUUAUGAUUUUUUAUAUCUGAUAAGUUUUCAAAGUUGUGGACUGUGACACAUAAUAAAUUAACUCUGUCACAAUUUAGCUUAGAGUAUUGUGAAAUAACCUGUUGCAUUUUGUACCACUGUUUGUGUUGACAGAUGCAGACUCUACACUGUAAAUAGUUUUAUAAAUGUUUAAAAGAUAAGGUCUUUAAUAACAAGGUUGAUUUUUGUUGUUACACAAACUUCUUGAAAAAUAAACAUUUUGUAUGUGUGAAUUUUU